AUUUUGUUUCACCGGAUCUAAAAAAUUUGGUACUUUUUACCUGAUUAUCCGCUUCUUGUUCCUUGCUCGACAGAAAUGGCGACUGCUGCUGCAAUAACUUCAGUUCAACGUCUACCUCUGCAACACUGCUCAUCUUUUCUUCAUGGGAUUGCGUUGCCAUCUUCCUCUUCUACUCUCUAUCCUCCUUCAAGAUACUAUAUUCAAUCUACGAAGAGAUUCUUUGUCUUUUCGAAGCGAAUUUCGGGUUUGGAAGAAGCUAUCAGAAUUAGAAGGGAACGGGAGCUUAGCAAGAUAUCAAUAGGUUCAACACGUAGAUUACCUUUGAAGCGUGGAAAGGUAUCACCACGCCUUCCAGUCCCUGGUCACAUACAAAAGCCUCCUUAUACAAGUUCAACUUUGGUGCCAGAAAUUGCAAGCGAGUAUCAAAUUCACGAUGCUGAAGGGCUUUCUAAAAUGAGAGCUGCAUGUAAGCUCGCUGCUCAGGUCUUAGACUAUGCAGGAACCUUGGUUAAGCCAUCAGUUACUACAAACGAAAUUGAUGAAGCAGUGCACCAAAUGAUCAUUGAAGCUGGUGCCUAUCCUUCACCACUUGGCUACGGUGGUUUUCCAAAGAGUGUGUGCACCUCAGUAAAUGAGUGCAUGUGCCAUGGGAUACCUGACUCUCGGAAACUAAAGGAUGGAGACAUCAUAAAUAUCGACGUAACAGUAUACUUGAACGGUUAUCACGGGGAUACAUCGAAGACUUUUCUGUGUGGCAAUGUUGAUGAUGCAACAAAGAAGCUUGUGAAGGUAACAGAAGAGUGCUUGCAUAUAGGCAUUUCUGUCUGCAAAGAUGGCGCUCCUUUCAGAAAUAUUGGAAAUAGUAUUAGUGAACAUGCUGAAAAGUUUGGUUACGGCGUGGUGGAUCGUUUUGUUGGACAUGGUGUAGGGACUGUAUUUCAUUCUGAGCCAUUGAUAUUUCAUGAGCGCAAUAAAAAGCCCGGUACAAUGGUUGAAGGAAUGACUUUUACGAUUGAGCCAAUUCUUACACUGGGAAGCAUCGAGUGCAUAGCAUGGGCAGAUAAUUGGACAACUCUUACUGAUGACGGUAGCCCUGCAGCACAAUUUGAGCACUCAAUUUUGAUUACCAAAAGUGGUGCAGAAAUUUUGACCCAAGCUUAAAUCGAUAUUUUACAUUCCGUCUCCCAGUGCAAUGUGGUUACAUGCAAGUAGGCUGGCAACGGCUUUUUGUAUAUAAAUCAUUCAUCAUGGACGAAAACUGAAAUUCCCAGUUGCAUUGGCUGUAAGAAUUACCUGAUAUCAAUUUGGUACAGUGAACCUAUAGGCAGGCAGAUAAGAUAUACAAUGCCAUACGGAAUUAGUGACAAUAAUGUUAGAAAGCAGGAGGAUCUCUUCAAGCAGAAAAGUUAUAGCAGAGAUGUCUAUCUAUAUUGGUCUCCAUAUCAUCUUUUGGCUUCUCUACUUCUAGUGACUAUAGGCAGACUGCUUCUUGUUUGAUGUAUAUGUAUAGCAUUUGGUUAAAAGGGCCUCAGGAACAAUUUGUUUGGACUAGUCAUCAUUUUGUAAUUAGCUUCAACUCUUUCAGUUUACGAGCAAAAGCUGAUGGAAGCUAAUGAUGUACUUUAUAAUGGCCCUGUGAUUCGAGGGAAGAUUACAGAUUAUAUUUGAUUCUAAUUGCAGAAAUCUACCACAACCUUGUACUGUA